AUGGGUCCUGAGCAGCCUCUCCCACUUCCGGCCGAGUUCGACAAUGUCGACGAAUAUGUUGAAUCACUGUUAAAGUUCAGCACUUCCUCAUGGCUUCUUCAGACUCUGUGUGGAGGUGUCCACGUCCUAGAUUUCUACACACGCACGCCUGAUCUAUACUCAACUAUUCUACCAGAAUCUUGGAGAGAUUGGUUCAAGACCCGAGAUAUCAUGGACGUCCUUGACUUGCUCAUGCGAGAGGAUUUGAGCCAAUUCAACCAUGGAACACCUAACUGGCGAGAUGGCCCAAACCCCCCUGAAGAUCUCCUGCGGUACAUUAAAGAUGUUCGAAGACAUCUGCUGGCACGCGAGUUUCCUCGACCAGGCUCCGAAUCACGGCCCGAGAAAGCAUCGUUAGCACGGCAUAUCACCAUGGGCAUGAAAGUCAAGAAAGUGCACGAAGUUGACAACUUUGCACGCUACCUUGACAGGUUGACUUCAGAAGUCGCCUCCUCUGGCAAAGAGCCCAUCACGCAUCUUGUAGACUUUGGUUCUGGACAGAAUUAUCUUGGCCGCGCGCUCGCUGCCCAACCUUACUCCAAGCACAUUGUUGCUGUUGAGAGUAGACCACACAAUAUCGAAGGCGCGAAAAACAUGGAUGUCCUUGCCAAACUAGUGGAAAAGCCUCUUGUGAUGAGGAACAAGAAGGAGUAUCGAGCAUUGACAGGCAAGGGAAAGAAGAAGAAGAAAACCAACGACCCCCAAGUCAUCGGUUCUUCAGAUACCAACAAAAAGGACUCGGCCUUAGAAAAAGAUCAUGCCAAUAGCCUGGAGCCGAAUGUCAUUGAAGUUCCUUCAAUACCUGUCGCUGUUAGAGAAGUAUCAUCUUUGCCUACACAGACUGCGGGUGGUGCAGAAUGCGAUGACGAUGGCUGCACUGUCGAGCACGCGCCGCCGCCAGGACAGAAGAAAACUUCAGAUGUUGAAGUUGUGCACAACGACUCCAAGGGUAGCUUUGUUAAGGCUUCGAAGGCCAACACGACCAACCUUCAGAUAUACUCAGAGGGCCAUGGUAGUGUACAGUAUGUGGAGCACAUCAUCCAGGAUGGCGACCUCCGCCCCGUCAUCGACCAAGUUCUCGACCCCUCGCACAUACCAGAAGACAAAGUCACCACUACUUCCGCAACUACCGAAGUGCCAUCAGACCUCACGACAGUGCCGAAACCAAAGAAUGUCAAUGCCAUGGUCAUGUCGUUGCAUUCGUGUGGAAACCUUGUGCAUUACGGGCUCCGCUCUCUCCUCCUCAGUCCAAACAUCUCGUCAGUGGCCAUGGUAGGCUGCUGUUACAAUCUCCUAACCGAACGUCUCGGCCCUCCCACAUACAAACUCCCCACCUUGCGUCCAAACCACCCACGUCUCGAGGCUACAGCAAACGCGUUCGAUCCCCAGGGUUUCCCUAUGUCUGAGAAGCUCGUCAACUACCCUAUUUCCAGGCCCCCGCAGCUCGACGCUUCAUCCCCCGAUGCAUCUUUCGAGCCUUCCGGCGCCAAAGGUCUCCGCCUCAACAUCACCGCACGCAUGAUGGCUGUGCAAGCGCCCUUCAACUGGGGCCGUGCAGACAGCGAGACCUUCUUCAGCCGGCACUUCUUCCGUGCGCUGCUCCAACGGAUUUUCCUUGACCGCGGCAUCGUAUCUGCGCCCGUAGAUGCAUCCAACUUCCCCGGCCCUGUCUCGGCGAACGGGCACACGAGCCACGUCAACUGGACACCGCCGAACGGGCGCGGACCGGGCCUGAGCUCAGACGGCACUUCGACUCCGCUGACGAUUGGCACGCUGCGAAAGUUCGCAUACGGCGAUUUCGUUAGCUAUGUCCGGGCCGCCGAGGCUAAGCUCGUAGCUCCAAACUCGUUUUGCGAGGUGGAUCCCGAGUUUAUCAAAGGGAAGAUGGAGGGCUUGACGGACGAUGACAUUCGAGACUAUGAGGUGCGCUAUGCAGAGCGCAAGAAGGAGCUGAGUGUCAUGUGGAGCUUGAUGGCGUUCAGCGCGGGCGUGGUCGAGGCUGUCAUUGUGACAGAUCGAUGGCUGUGGUUGAAGGAGCAGGACGAAGUCGAGCACGCAUGGGUAGAGCCCGUGUUCGAGUACAAGCAGAGUCCGAGGAAUCUUGUUGUCGUUGGCAUUAAGAAGUAG